AUGUGGCGAGAUGCUGAACAUGGCGGCGGAAUCGGUGCUCCAAAAAACAAAUCAAAACCAGCCGAUCCGAACGAUCACCGUGGACUGUUACCUCCUCUGUCCCCGUGGUCGUUCCGUCCAUGGACUCGUCGUUUAGGUGCCGCGUGGCGGUACACAUUGUUCUGGUUAAGAUCCACGCCGGAGGUGAACGAUACCCUAAUGCUGACAGCGGGCUCGGAUUCGAAUCCGUCGUUUUUUCGUGUGAACGCCGAAAUUCCCACUGCACAAUCCUCUCAAUCCAUGGUCCAUCGUCGUAUACGUUCCAAAUAUGGUCGACUUGUUUACACUCCGGCUUGUGACGGAUGCUCCAAAUGUUGGCCUAAUCGAAUUGAGCAUCUUCAGUCCACCUCAGAUCUCGGCGUUUCUACAACUCCCAAAUCAGAGUCUACAUUCAGUAGGAUGUUUGGACUCAGUCGGGCCAAGUCGGUCGGUUCCGGGCUAUCGAACCAAAUGCAUCAAAAACGUCUUCCCUCUGAUCGUAGCCACAUCCAAAAUGAGGAAUGCGGCCGUGAGUACACCGUGGAUUUACGGGAUACAGCCGGUGUUGUAAUGACUUUGGAUGGUGAGAAUGUGCGAGUUCAAAUCGUUCCCACACCGAAAGGAUUUUUUUCGUACAUGCGUGAAACGUUCUCCUGGUUGCGUUUGGACAGUUACCGUGCCAAUCUGAUCGAUGAACCCCAGUCAUUGCGUUGUGCAACUGUACGAUUGUAUCCGCAAAUCACUCAAAAUGAAUUCUACUGGAUCGAUAAUGAUCACUUCGAGGCGUGCCCGGUUGAAGUUCGUGUGCGAAUCAAUGCUAUCGAUUUCUAUCGCGAAUCGUGCCCACAGCCGGAUAAUUGCGAUCCAUCAUUCCUUGAGUCCGCGUAA